ACAAUACUUGUCUUUGUAUCAACAAUUGUUAAGUCAUGUUAAGUCUCCCAGCUGACUUUGUAUAAAUCCGGCAAGAAAAAGCACAAGAAAGAUGGCGACGAGUAGGCGGGAUUGCGGGAAAGCUUGUGCGAAGUGCGAACAUUGCGAACUGUACGAAGCCGGAGUGCAGCUGGAUCGAUUGGAAGGAUGCACGCUUUCUUGAAGACCGGGAAGUUGGGCGCUCCGGCGGACGUCAGGAAACCUUCAACCUCUCGGGCCAAGGACGAUAAGAAGGACCUGACGCCAUGGGUGGAAAAAUACCGGCCGAAAAAUGUCGACGACAUUGUGGAGCAAACGGACGUGGUGAACGUGAUACGGCAGGCCAUGGAACACGGAGAUUUUCCUAACAUGCUGUUUUACGGGCCACCGGGUACCGGCAAGACCAGCAUCAUCCACGCAGCCGCGAGACAGAUGUUUGGUAGCAUGUACAAGGACAGAAUACUGGAACUGAAUGCCUCCGAUGACAGGGGCAUUCAGGUUGUGAGGGAGAAAAUCAAGUCCUUUGCGUUGCGCAGGGCUAAUCCUAAUGGACCAGACGGGAGAAAAUGUCCGCCAUUUAAGAUCAUCAUAUUGGACGAAGCAGACAGUAUGACCGGCGCCGCGCAAACGGCGCUUCGUCGGAUUAUGGAAAAAGAGUCGCAUAGCACGCGCUUUUGUCUGGUGUGCAAUUAUCUGUCGCGAAUCAUCAAGCCGAUUGCGUCGCGCUGUACCAAAUUCCGGUUCAAGCCAUUGACCGACGACAAGAGUAUUGCCAGGCUCGCGUACAUAUGCAACGAGGAAAGUCUGAAGGCUGACAGAAAAGUCUUGGAGAAAAUCGUUGAAGCAUCGGGUGGCGAUUUGAGACAGGCUGUCAUGUGCUUGCAAUCGAUCACACGAUUGAAGGGAAAAGACUACGAGAUUACCGUAGACGAUGCACUCGACGUUAUCGGGCUGGUUCCCGAUGAUCAAAUUAAUACACUGUGGGAGGCUUGUAAAAAGGGGAGUUACAAUAAUGUCCAGAAAUUACUCGAAAAUUUGCUGCUGGAAGGAUAUCCGGGAUCACAAGUAAUUGAACAAUUGAACGAGAAAAUUAUUUUCUCCGUUGAACUUACUGACAAACAAAAAGCGAUGAUUGGUGAUGUGCUUGGUGAAUGUGAUUACAGAUUAACAGAAGGGAGCGAUGAAUAUCUGCAACUUUUAAAUGUGUUUUCUACUAUCUUGAUGGCAUGCAAAUUGUAAAAAAAUUAAUUUGCCUUUGUACGUUAUGUAUUUAUAUUCGUAGGUUUACAUUAUGUAUAAUAGUAUAAAGGUAUAUUUUUAUAGAAUUA